ACAAGUAAAUGCAGCUGAGCAGCAGUCCCUGGUGUCCCUCGUCUUCAUUCAAUUCUACACACAACGCAGAGGAAGAGAACACCGGUUACACAAGUUACACGCUCUUGCCCCUGGGAUAGGCUCCAGCCCCCCCGACGUCGAGAGGGACAAGCGGUAGAAAGUAGAUGGAUGGAUGGAAUAUACUCAAACACGCCACUUUGAAGGCAGGCCUGGAAGGAACCCCUUGCGACAACACAUCCGGCAGAUUGAGCACCUGCAACUUGACGCACUUCCUGGGAUUGUGACCAGCGCUCUCGGAAAGACAGCCCGCUGCCAGCGCCCCAGCAAGAAAGAUGAACGAAAGUCGAAGGGAAGCGCUCGCAGCGGCGCCCCCCGCACCUACCGCCUCCUCCUCGUCCUCGGGCGGCGGCGGUGCCAACACAACCAACAUAGCUGGCGGCCCAGGCACAGGCCAGAAGGACGAGAACUUUUCCAAGCUGAAGGACAAGUUCAUGAACGAGCUCAACAAGAUCCCACUGCCGUCAUGGGCCAUUGUCUCCAUUGCCUUCGUGGUUAUCAUCCUGAUGCUGGCGUGCUGCUUCUGCGUCUGCAAGAAGUGGAUAUUCAAGAAGAAGAACAAAAAGAAGGGCAAAGACAAAGGCAAAAAUGCCAUCAACAUGAAGGACGUCAAAGACGAAGCCAAAACCGAGGCCUUGAAGGAUGAGGAGGACGCUGAGACAGGCCUGACUGAAACGGAGAAAGAGGAGGAGCCCAAGGAGGACCAGAAACUGGGCAAAUUACAGUACUCGCUGGAUUACAAUUUCACAGAGAACACGCUUAUCGUGGGGAUCAUCCAGGCGGCAGAGCUUCCUGCCAUGGACAUGGGCGGCACGUCUGACCCUUACGUCAAAGUCUACCUGCUGCCCGACAAGAAAAAGAAGUUUGAGACCAAAGUCCACAGGAAGACCCUCAACCCCGUCUUCAACGAGCAGUUCACCUUUAAGGUUCCGUAUGUGGAGCUGGGCGGGAAGACCCUGGUGAUGACUGUGUACGACUUCGACCGCUUCUCCAAACACGACGCCAUCGGCGACAUCAAGGUGCCCAUGAACAAGGUGGACUUCAGCCACAUAACGGAGGAGUGGCGAGACCUGCAGAGCGCCGAGAAGGAGGAGCAAGAGAAGCUGGGCGACAUCUGCUUCUCCCUUCGCUACGUUCCCACCGCCGGGAAGCUAACCGUAGUCGUCCUCGAAGCCAAAAACCUGAAGAAGAUGGACGUGGGCGGCCUGUCAGAUCCGUACGUGAAGAUCCACCUGAUGCAGAACGGCAAGAGGCUGAAGAAGAAGAAGACCACCAUCAAGAAGAACACGCUUAACCCGUACUACAACGAGUCCUUCAGCUUCGAGGUCCCCUUCGAACAAAUCCAGAAAGUGCAAGUGGUGAUCACCGUUCUGGACUACGACAAAAUCGGCAAGAACGACGCCAUCGGCAAAGUCUUCGUGGGCCUCAACAGCUCGGGCACGGAGCUGCGCCACUGGUCCGACAUGCUGGCCAACCCGCGGAGACCCAUCGCCCAGUGGCACGUGCUGAAGCCCGAGGAGGAAGUGGACGCCCAGCUGUCCACCAAGAAAUAGGCAGGCCCCGCCCCCCCCUCCACGCUCCUGCCUUGUAGUACUUUAGCCAGUCUGUGUAAAUACCUCAGUGAUACAUACGUGUUGGCCCCGCCCUCCUCUCUCCUCCAUCUUUCGUUCCAUCAGGGUCUCUUUUGGCGUUUUCCUCUGUUAGCCCCGCCCCCUCCCGUCCCUCCCGGUCCUUCUUCCAAGCAAUAUGAGGUGUAUAGAUAGCGCAUGACUGAAAGAACAUGUACAUAUACGUAUGCACACACCAUGAUUUCUAGUUGACGUGUUUCUAUGUCGUUUCCUAAUCUGUGCAUAUCUGGCUGUUUUUAAUCCGAUUUUAAAGCAUAUAAAGCACCGCCAACGUUACGUGAAGCCAGGAUUUCAAAUAUAACCGAUCAUCUUCUUCUUCUUCUUCUUCUUCUUCUUCUUCUUCUUACGACGAUACGACCGCAUUCCACCAGAUGACAAAAACAAGGUAAAGGAGGAAGCGAGCGGACCACACAAGAAGGCCAUUAACUGCUUGGGUUCUCCACAAGCACACGACUUCCUGUCACUUUUUUCUACUUCCUGUCGGGCGCCGUCACCUUUGACCCCGGCUCCACCCGAGUGAUUAAAGCACCAAGCUGUCGCCAUCGUGUCUUUAACGCUCUUCUUUCUCGCCAACAGUGUGCAUCGUCUCUUUUAACGAUCUUUGCUACGACCCGCUUUUUUGCCUUCCGCCAAUCAAUCGGAGAAAAAAGGAAAAAAAAAGUAGAGAUGUCCGAUAAUAUCGGACUGCCGAUAUUAUCGGCCGAUAAAUGCUUUAAAAUGUAAUAUCGGAAAUUAUCGGUAUCGGUUUCAAAAAGUAAAAUGUAUGACUUUUUAAAACGCCGCUGUACAGAGCGCCAAUAAACCUUAAAGGCACUGCCUUUGCGUGCCGGCCCAGUCACAUAAUAUCUACGGCUUUUCACACACACAAGUGAAUGCAAGGGACACUUGCCACACUGAGGGUGGCCGUAUAAACAACUUUAACACUGUUACCUAGGCCACUACUCAGUGGCCUAGUGGUUAGAGUGUCCGCUCUGAGAUCGGUAGGCUGUGAGUUCAAACCCCGGCCGAGUCAUACCAAAGACUAUAAAAAUGGGACCCAUUACCUCCCACUCAGCAUCAAGGGUUGGAAUUGGGGGUUAAAUCACCAAAAAUGAUUCCCGGGCGUGGCACCGCUGCUGCCCACUGCUCCCCUCACCUCCCAGGGGGUGAACAAGGGGAUGGGUCAAAUGCAGAGGACAAAUUUCACCACACCUAGUGUGUGUGUGACAAUCAUUGGUACUUUAACUUAACUACAAAUAUGCACCACACUGUGAACCCACACCAAACAAGAAUGACAAACACAUUUCGGGAGAACAUCCGCACCGUAACACAACAUAACAAAUACCCAGAAUCCCUUG